GAAUAAGGCGCAUGGUCGCUGUGUCAGAGCAACAAAAUCCAGUGGGUCGCUUCACCACAGUUGAGAAGGAAGAGGAGGAUUUUACCAAAGGGGCCCUGAUCAGUGAUAUCGACUGUGGUCCCUCUGACAGAACACCACCCCCGGUAGGCUGGCCUCACCCCCUCCCACCUGCCUCCAUGUAUCCUGAAUCUACCACAGACUCCCCCGCCCGCCUCUCCCUCCGACAGACUGGCUCACCUGGCAUGAUCUACAGCGCUCGUUAUGGGAGCCCCAAACGACAGCUGCAGUUCUACAGAAACCUUGGGAAGUCUGGCCUGCGGGUGUCCUGCCUUGGAUUAGGAACAUGGGUGACGUUUGGUGGGCAGAUAACGGAUGAGAUGGCAGAGCAGCUGAUGACUCUGGCCUACGAAAAYGGCAUCAAUCUGUUUGACACAGCGGAGGUCUACGCUGCUGGGAAGGCAGAGGUGGUGCUCGGAAACAUCAUAAAGAAGAAAGGAUGGAGACGCUCAAGUCUGGUGAUAACAACCAAGAUCUUUUGGGGUGGAAAAGCAGAGACUGAAAGAGGCUUAUCCCGAAAACACAUUAUAGAAGGUUUAAAGGCUUCUCUAGAAAGACUCCAGUUAGACUAUGUGGACGUGGUUUUCGCCAACAGACCUGACCCCAACACACCUAUGGAAGAAACGGUUCGAGCCAUGACCCAUGUGAUAAAUCAAGGCAUGGCCAUGUACUGGGGCACAUCCCGGUGGAGCCCGAUGGAAAUAAUGGAAGCGUACUCGGUUGCACGGCAGUUCAACCAGAUCCCCCCCAUCUGUGAGCAGGCGGAGUACCACAUGUUCCAGAGAGAGAAAGUGGAGGUGCAGCUACCCGAGCUCUUUCAUAAGAUCGGUGUGGGAGCUAUGACAUGGUCUCCGCUGGCCUGCGGGAUCAUCUCAGGGAAAUAUGACGGCAGGGUACCUCCUUACUCUCGGGCAUCUCUAAAGGGCUACCAGUGGUUGAAGGACAAGAUCUUGAGCGAGGAGGGCCGGCGUCAGCAGGCGAAGUUGAAAGAGCUGCAGGCGAUCGCGGAGCGGCUGGGCUGCACUCUGCCCCAACUCGCCAUCG